AUCGGGCUAUAUUCGACAUAUCCUGCGGAGGAUCCAUAAGCUAACCAAAAAGGCUGCCCCUGAACUGGAUCAUUCCUUUGAUUCAUCUUCUUUUCGCAGUCUGAACAAAACAAUGCGAUCAAUGAGAAAACCACUUUCCCACCACCUCUUCAAGUCCUCGCCACUGCCACUCCAAGCAUUCGUUUCAUCACCAAUACAAGCAACACCAGGAUUCCAAAAUGCAUUUUUCAUCAACGCCCACAUUCCCGCCUCAGCACAAGGACCAAGUCCGACCUCCGAAACCACUCUUCCUGGUCCGAUUUCACCUACACUCUCCCAAACCAGGUACUUUUCUUAUACAAGUCCAGACCCACGUCCUAAUUACCAAUUUAAUUGGGAAGCUAAUGAUGCUUUCUUGUCCAGAUCAUCAGAACAAGCACGACCCGUUUUCAGAAGCAAAAUUUAUGCUCCAAAUUCAUAUAGUUUCACUCGAGCCAGGCCAUUUUCUACCAAAAAACCGGACCCAUAUUCCAAGUCAUUGGACUCUACAGAACCCGGACUCUCUUCAUCAAAUGCAAUACCGGUUUUUUCCACCAUAACUUCACCAUUAGAGGCUUCGCAGCCUAUUGAUGCGGGCUCUUCGAUUCGAAAACCGAUCAGUCUGUGGCCCGGAAUGUACCAUUCACCUGUUACAAAUGCUCUAUGGGAAGCGAGGUCGAGCAUAUUCGAGAAGGUCGUGGAUACCCCAACCGAUGAGCCUUCUCGAGGUGAAUUGGUUAUGAAAACUCCGGUAAAAAGCCGGACCACUAUUGUUUACAAGUUCUCGUCCGAUUAUAUACUCAGAGAGCAGUAUAGGAACCCCUGGAAUGGGAUCCGGAUGGGGAAGUUGCUCGAGGAUCUUGAUGCUCUUGCUGGAACCAUCGCAUUCAAGCAUUGCUGCAAUGACAAUGGCACGACAAGACCUCUGAUACUAGUCACUGCUUCUGUCGACAAGAUGGUUCUGAAGAAACCCAUCCAGGUUGACACUGAUUUAAACAUAAGUGGUGCUGUUACUUGGGUUGGGCGGUCAUCAUUGGAGAUACAAUUGGAAGUGUCUCAGUCCACUAGAGAGACCAAAAAUGCAUCAGACUCAAUUGCUCUCAUGGCAAACUUCACUUUUGUGGCUCGGGACUCGAAGACUGGAAAAUCAGCACCAAUUAACCAACUCUCACCUGAAACUGACCAAGAAAAGCUACUUUGGACGGAAGCAGAAGAAAGGAACAAACUUAGGAAAGAGAAGAGACCCAACCGUAAAAAGAAUUUUGAGAAUGGAGAUGCAGAUAGGCUUGAUGCAUUGUUGGCCGAAGGACAAAUCUUCUGUGACUUGCCAGCUUUGGCAGACAGAGAUAGCAUCCUUAUAAGGGAUACCUGCCUUCAGAACUCUUUUAUUUGCCAGCCACAACAAAGGAACAUUCAUGGCCGGAUUUUUGGAGGAUUUUUGAUGCGUAGAGCGUUUGAACUUGCCUUCUCAACAACUUAUGCCUUCGCAGGUGUCGCACCACACUUUCUAGAAGUUGAUCAUGUUGAUUUCCUUAAACCUGUGGAUGUUGGAAAUUUCCUUCGAUUCAAGUCCUGUGUGCUCUACACUGAACUUGAGAACCCAGAUGUACCUCUGAUAAAUGUGGAAGUUGUUGCUCAUGUUACAAGACCUGAGCUCAGGUCCACUGAGGUGUCCAACAAAUUUUACUUCACAUUCUCUGUCCAUCCGGAGGCCAUGAGAAGUGGCUUGAAGAUUCGGAAUGUUGUUCCUGGUACAGAAGAGGAAGCACGACGGGUGCUUGAACGCAUGGAUGCAGAGAGCUCCCAGUUUGGUAAACCCUGAAGAUUUAUUUCUUCUCGAUGAAUAUAGGCAAAGUAUAUGCUCGGAAUCAAGAUUUCUGAUGGGGUGGGUGUUACAGAGUUUUCUUGAUGUGAAAAGUAAACCGUAGGGAAUAUGUAGUUUACAAGAAUAAUAAGACCGCUUCAACGUUGAAGGUCAAAAUCCAUCCGAUGGGGUAGCACAACGAAUGUCAAUAUUUAUGUACCUGAUUACUCA